AUGACAAAAUCCCGACUGGAGCCGGCGGGGACGAUCCUGAGUCGGCAGCAUCCGGUGACGGGUCUCAUCCCAGCCUCGGUGGCCAUCACCACCCACGGAAACUACCAGGAUGCCUGGGUGCGCGACAAUGUCAACUCUAUUCUGGCUGUCUAUGGUCUAGCAUUGGCCUACAGGCGCGUCGACGACAACCAGGGCCGUGCCUACGAGCUCGAGCACGCUGUGGUCAAGCUCAUGCGCGGGCUCCUGUUCAGCAUGAGCCGCCAGUCAGCCAAGGUCGAGAAAUUCAAGUACACACACAACCCGCUCGACUCGCUGCAUGCCAAGUAUGACACGGGUACGGGCAGCACUGUCGUGGAGGAUAACGCUUGGGGGCAUUUGCAGAUCGACGCAACCAGCAUCUUCCUUCUGAUGCUGGCCCAGAUGACGGCCAACGGGCUGCAGAUUGUGUUUACGCAGGACGAGGUCGAUUUCGUCCAGAAUCUGGUGUUCUACAUCGAGCAGGCGUACGCAUUCGGCGAGUAUGGCGCAUGGGAGCGCGGGUCGAAGCAGAACACGGGCAUUCUGGAGCUCAACUCGUCGUCUAUCGGCAUUGUCGUGGGCGCGCUGCGCGCCAUUCACGGACUCAAUCUGUUUGGCGCCCGCGGUGGCCCGAAAUCCGUCAUCCACUGCUUCAAUGACGAGACCACCCGGUGCUACCAGACGCUGCUGAGCCAGCUGCCGCGCGAAUCCAAUUCCAAGGAGAUCGAUGGCGCAAUUCUGUCUGCCAUUGGCUUUCCAUCGUUCGCGGUAUGCGACGCCAAGCUCUGCGACAAGGUGUAUGAAGAGAUUGUGCGCAAGCUGCGCGGCCGCUACGGACUCAAGCGGUUCUUGAAGGACGGCCACCAACUGCACUACGAGGAGCGCGAGCUGGAGAUCUUUAAGGACGUCGAGUCCGAGUGGCCGCUGUUCUUCACAUAUAUUAUUCUGGGUGCGCAGUUUACGGACAAGAAGGAGAUUGCCGACGAGUAUAUGGCCGCAAUCAAGCCUCUUCUGUACGACUCACGCACACACAAGCCUAUGUGCCAGGACCCGAGUGUCUCCCUGGAUGAUGUGCUGCACGGCGACCACUUCCCGCUGAUCCCUGAGCUGUUCUACGUCCCGCUGGAGGCGAUUGAGAAGGAGAAGGCCAAUCCUCGUUCACAGGAUCGCGAGCCGAACGAGAACCUGCCACUAGUGUGGGCCAAUUCGCUGUUCUACCUGGGUCGACUGAUCCACGAAGGGCUGCUGGAGCCGGCCGAGUUUGACCCGCUGAAUUGCCGCGCCAACGCAAUGCGCACCGAUCCUACCAACAGCGUUGUGCAGGUCGUGCUGCUGAGUGAGGAUGCUGCGCUUAAGGAGGAGCUGGCUGUGCACGGCCUCGAGACUCAGACGCCGGCCGAUUGCAAGCCUGUGCGCGUGCUGAACUGCAGCUCCCUGGUCGACGUGUACUCGCGGCUCGGCCAGAACGAGAAGCUUGGGCUCACCGGCCGCCCUGCCAGACCACUCGGCACGCUGGCCACCAGCAAUCUGUACCGGAUGCAAGGCCAGCUCUAUGCCUUCACGCCCAACUUCCUGAACUCGUCCGACUUUUACUUGACUGCUGACUCGGACUACUUGGUGUCGAGCAUCACCAACGAGCUGCAGUUCAUUAGCGCCAACUUCACCAGCAGCGGCCGUCCGACACUUGUUCUGCCGCUCACCCAUGCCAUGUUCAACGCCCACAACGCCAACGAGAGCAUUGGCACCCGGCACCGCAGUCUGCUCAGCUUCAUCAAAGAUCUGCGCGCUGGCGUAGUCCCAGGCGUGCGCGUGCGUGUCACUCAGAUGGCAGAGGCAGUUCCCACCAGCCACAUCUCCAGCUUGGACUUUUUGGCUACGGCACGCACCAACCCUCUACUGGAUGCCCACAUGGCGGAAGAAAGAAAGGGAUCCCGCACGCCUGCUCUGCAAGCCGCUGAUGUGCCGACGACGCCCACAACACCUCGUAUGACCCGCGUAUCGAGCCGGCAUGGCUCUAUGAACGCUCUGCACACGCCCAUCAUGCACUCGGACGACUCAACGCAUAGCUACUUCAAUAUGGCCAACUCACUGGGCCAAACAACACCGCGCUACAAGCUACAGCAGCACAAUGUGGACGUCACUGAUGACUUUGAGGUACUUGGCAUUUCCACCGAAGAUGAGGAGCACGAUUCGCUGCAGAUCAAGACUACUCGGGUGCCACCAGCUACACCGCCGAUGCUGACUCUGCAGAUCGGCGAUGCCAGCCAGGUGCUGGCAGCUGAAGAGGCGUUAGCAGCUUCAACUAAUCUGUACGACCAGGCUGAGUUGCUCACGUACCUGUCAUCCUGCCAUGGCCUCGACCACCGCAUCCACCGCCUUGAUGCCACGGUCCGCGAGCUGCUGGAGGAAGUCUACGAGCGCGCAGUUGCUAGCCACCUGUGGAACCCAGUGCGCACUGCAGCUGGCCUCCUGCGCAAGCGUGUGCCGGGUCUGGAUAUGGCCCUGGCUGAGCUGACAGCGCGCCGCAAGAUCCCCAGCAUCGGCUUUGGCGCCAACGAGGUGUUUAUCAAGCAGCCCAUGGGUGCCGCCGAGCUGGCUGCCAUGAUCGACGACAAGUACUCGUCUGAAGAUGAGAUCCUGAAGGCCAUGCAGGAGCUGGCCAUGGCCGCGCCCAAUAUCUUCAACGGAAUCCUGUUCCUGCGUACCCACGAGAUGGUCAUUGCGCUGCGUGAGGAGAUCUCGCGCCUGCUGAGCGUCGACGAGGCACAGGCAAUCGAGGAGCUGUUCAACAGCACGCCGUUCCAGGUCAAGACGCUUCUGCACACUGUGCUUAGCGGUCCCCUGCUCAGCUCGACAAAUUCGUUCACCAUGAUCGAGGAGGACCUGGCCACUCAGGUUCAGGCUUACGGAUCCGACGAAGAGCCUCUACGCGCCGACCUGCCCGACCUGUCGCAGUCAUCGGAACUUACUUUGGAGGUGCAGUCAGGCGGUCUGCGUGCCGGCAAUUUCUCGCGCAUCGCCAUCAACGGCAACACCAUCCCCGUCAUUGAUGCAGUUGCUCGGAGCAUCGUCGAUUUGCGCAACUUUAACACCAGCCUGUCGCAUACCGACUCUGACAAGCUGGCUCACUUUGUCGACGAAGCUGCGCAGGGUGACUGCGCCGAGAAGCUGACGCCGGCUGCUCGCCAUGCGCUGGAGUCACUGGGUGCUGCAAAGGUGCGCGAAAUCCGUGCUCGCGACUCGUGGUGUCUAAUCGGCCACAAGUAUGCCUGCCGCAUCACAGUGCCUGCUGCCAAGGAGUCUCUACGUCGACAGUCUGAGGGUCCUACCGACAUUCUCUCUGUUACUCUGGAUCUCAACCAGGUAGCCAAGCCGCUAACUCCCGAUGAACAAGCUGUGUUGGCUUCCGACUCGGCAUCACUCCUUGUUGGCCCGUCGUUCGGCCGCUGGCUGCGUCGUCGCAAGAACGACGGCACGCUGAACCGCGUCCCGCAGGGCUUCUUCCCCCGUGUCUAUGAGCUCCUCCGCUUGUCGCCGGGCCGCGGAAUCACCGUCAAGCAGCAUACCCUAGAUAAGGACCCGCUGGUAUUUGACAAGACACCUGACGAGUACAACUUUGCUCUGCAGGUCGAGAAGUUCCUGUGCACCUCAAUUGGCGACCCCGCCGAACGCCAAGUCAUGGUGACACUGCUCGACGUCUUGUACGUGAUCGCUGCCAAGGCUGAAAACUCACAACAGCUACGCGACGUGAUCAACGUCGACUUGGACAUGUUUGACGGCGUUGUCAAUGACCCAGCCAAGCUCGACGCUUUGCAGCACCGUCUGUUCUAUGAUCUGCCGCACAUUGGCAGGUCCGGCAUGGUGAAGUACCUUGCUGCAGCCAUCCUCGCCAACCGCAGCGAAGGAUUCAUUCACGAUCCCAAGUGGGUGGAUGAGUGCGAGCGCCUGCUGUCCAUCGACUAG